UAACCCGCCUAGCCAAAUUCUUAGUUUAGUUUUCGCUUUCGAUUUGAAUUCAACAAAAUGAGUUUAGCUGGCAAAGUUGUAAUUGUGACCGGUGCAAGUACAGGUAUUGGUGCUACAACAGCAGAGUAUUUUGCCAAAUUGGGUGCAAAAGUCGUUCUAGUCGGACGCAAUGAAGCAAAGUUACGCUCGUCUGCAGCAGCCUGCCGACUAGCCAACAAGGAUGCCGAACAACUGAUUCUCAUUGCUGAUGUAACGGAGAAAGCUGAGUAUAUUAUUGACAGCACAAUUCAAAAAUUCGGGCAAUUGGAUGUUUUAGUCAAUAAUGCUGGCAUUUUUGAAACGGGCAACAUACUGGACGUUGACGUAGAUCAAUUUGAUAGAAUUUUAAAUACAAAUUUGCGUUCGGUCUUCCUUUUAACAAAAUACGCCGCACCACAUCUGGUGAAGAGCCAAGGAAAUAUUGUGAAUGUAUCCAGUCUUGCUGGACUGCGUUCGUUUAAGGAUGUGUCUGUCUAUUGCGUCUCCAAAGCAGCACUUGAUCAAUUCACCAGAUGCAUUGCCUUAGAUUUGGCAUCGAAGAAUGUGCGUGUGAAUGCCGUAAAUCCUGGUGCGGUAGCAACAGACAUUGGAAUACGUAACGGUAUGACGGUAGAAGAAUACGCAGCUCAUUUGGAAAAAUCCAAGGAGACUUAUCCGCUAGGUCGCACUGGAGUGACAAACGAAGUGGCUGACGCCAUCAUUUUCUUAGCUAGUGACAGCUCCAGUUUUAUAACGGGCGCAACUCUGCCCAUCGACGGGGGCAAGCAUGCCGUGUGUCCACGUUAAUGAAGUGUGUAAAAAAAUAAAUAAAUACCGUUUUAAAUAAAUGGUAUUAUUAAUAUUUGUUUAUAUAAUCAAAAAUUAUUAAUAUAUAUGUACAUGUAUAUUAUAUAAGCAUUCGAAAAUAAUUUAAAUAAAAUAUACAUACAUACAUAUAUGUA